GAAUAAGAUUUUUUCUUCCACUCACAAUAUCUUUUGUUCUCAAACCGUUCUCUUCUUCUUCUUCUAGAACUUGACCCUGAUUUGUUUUUUUUUUUCUUGAGCGAGUGGUGUGAGAUGGGAGAAGUGAGCGACGAAGUUGUUGAGGUGACGGUGGUGGAGAAAGCACCUGAGGCGGGAGGAGGAAAGUUAGCGCGGCGGAAGACGCGGCGGAAGGACGCCGCGGAGGGCGGCGACGGUCUGGUGACGUGGGAGAGGUUUCUCCCGAAGAUAUCUCUUAGGGUUCUGCUCGUGGAAGCAGACGAUUCCACCAGACAGAUUAUCUCUGCUCUCCUCAGGAAAUGCAGUUACAGAGUCGCUGCUGUACCUGAUGGCUUAAAAGCUUGGGAGAUGCUUAGAGGGAAGCCUGAGAGCGUCGAUCUGAUAUUGACAGAGGUUGAUCUACCUUCAAUAUCCGGAUACGCUCUGCUAACACUUAUAAUGGAGCAUGACCUCUGCAAGAACAUUCCUGUCAUAAUGAUGUCGACACAGGACUCUGUUAAUACUGUUUAUAAGUGUAUGUUGAAAGGCGCGGCUGACUAUCUUGUCAAGCCUUUGAGGAGGAAUGAGCUGAGGAAUCUCUGGCAACAUGUCUGGAGAAGACAAAGUUCACUUGCUCCUGGUAGUAACUUCCCAGUAGAUGAGAGCCUUGGACAGCAGAAACCUGAGGGUGCGUCUGCAAACAACUCCACCAGUAACCAGGUGAAUGGAUUCCAGAGAGAGGAACAUCCUGUAAUUGGGAGUGGUGGUGGUGAUGAUCAGAGCUCAUGUUCAAGACCAGAGAUGCAAGGUGAGAGCGCAGACGUGGAGGAUAUCCCAAGAGUCUCAUCCAAAGAGGCCAUUGACUUCAUGGGAGCCUCGUUUAGAAGAAACGGACAAAGCCACAGAGAAGAAAGUGUUGCUAAGUACGAUACUUCUCGGAUAGAGCUUGAUCUCUCCUUGAGAAGACCUGACGCUUGUGAGAACCAACCCUCUCUUCAUCCUUCUAGUGCCUCUGCUUUCACACGGUACGUUCACAGGCCGUUGCAGACACAAUGUUCGGUUUCUCCCUUGGAGCAAAGAAAGAACGUUGCGGCAAGUGUAGAUGAUAACAACAUUGUGCUAAUCAACCAAUACAAUGUAUCUGAACCGCCUCCAAGUGCUCAGAGAAGAAACGAGGCCAGCUUCUACAAUAGCUCUGACUCACCUGGUCCACCUUUUAGCAACCAGAUGAACUCUUGGCCAGGACAGGGCUCUUACCCAACGCCAGUUCCUAUUAUACACUUCCCUGGUCCUAACACGGCUCACGCAUCUGCUAUAGCUCCUGCUUCAGUGUCUCCAAGCCCUAGCUCGGUUAGCCCGCAUGAGUACAGUUCCAUGUUUCACCCGUUCAACGGUAAACCCGAGGGCUUGCAAGAGCGAGAUGGUUCCAUGGAUAUGGAGGAGAGAAGACACGUCGCCUCCGCAACAGAACAUAGUGGAACAGGCAAUCACUGCAGUACCAACUACAUUGAUUACCAUCAGCAGCAUCAGCAGCAGCUUCUAGAGAAGAGGAGCGAAGAAGGAUACUCGUCCUCUGUUGGGAAACUUCAGCAAUCUCUCCAGCGUGAAGCCGCUUUAAACAAAUUCAGGAUGAAGCGCAAGGAGAGGUGCUUUGAGAAAAAGGUCCGUUAUGAGAGCAGGAAGAAAUUAGCAGAGCAACGACCUCGAAUCAAAGGGCAAUUCGUUCGUCAAGUCCAGUCCACUGAGACCUCAACACAAGAAGCUCCACAGUGAUCCAAACAGAUUGAUGAUGCUAUAUUUUGUUAUAUAUAUACAGUUAGAUUUUGUUUACUCCUCCUAUACAGGAGCUGUUCUUGUGCCAACUCUCCACGUACGUACGUAGUUGAUGACACUUUUGUGUGUGUACAUACAGCUUUAUGUCUGCUGUUGAGUUUUAGUUAGUAUCUACUUUAGAUAUGUAAUGACAUAUGACGGAUUGUAGUUUCUGUAAGUUGCAAGAGGAGUUAUAUAAGAUUGACAAAACUCUA